AUCCCUGGUCCGGUAACGGCAGUGGAUCUAGCCCGACCCGACGAACCCAUACACGAGGAAUAUGCCGUCUUCCAUUCUCACGCUGGAAAACGCACGCGCUUCUCUCUCUCUCGCCGUUCGCUGUACAAAAGUUGCGAUUAUAUCAGUAGAAUAGACUCCGGUGCACCUUCUGAUCCCGUUGCCUCUGGCCACAGACGCCGACCAGCGGAACCCUAAAUUUUCUCUUCGGCAGGUCAGAUCUGGAAACGGAAACUGCCGAUCUCUUAGCUGCUGUUGGUUUCCUGUGCGCUUCUGCCAAUCUACCCUUUCAAGCCAAGCUGUUCUGCGAUCGUAGAGUGGGAUCUCCCUGGCUAGGGAUUUGGCUGCCGUGAGGAUUGUUUCCGUACCUUCUUUUGACGGUGUUUAGCAUUGGAUGCUUGAAGGGAUAAUUUGAAAUUAUUCAAAAUUCAGCGUCCGGUUUCAGGGGGCGACCUGCCCCAGGGGGUUGAGUUUGCGCCCUUCCCUCUGGCUCGAAGAGUGAAUUCAUCGCAUUCCAUUCUGAUGGAUGACGACGUAGAGAAUGGAAGUCUGGUAUCGUACCAGGAGAAAGCAAGGACAUUUCCCAAUUUGCGGAGUAAACCUUACAACCCCUUGAUUUUUCAGAUUUUCACGAGAAUAAAUGGACGAGUUUUAGCUGUCUUGCUACUGCUGGCCCUAGGGGCUGUGCUUUAUGUUGGAGCUGCUACUUCACCUAUCGUGGUCUUUGUCUUUUCUAUUUGCAUAGCUGCCUUCAUUUUCUCAGUUUAUUUGACAAGAUGGGUUUUAGCAAAGGAUGAGGGCCCCCCUGAAAUGUCACAGAUAUCAGAUGCCAUACGUGAUGGGGCAGAAGGUUUUUUUAGGACUCAAUAUGGAACUAUUUCGAAGAUGGCUGUAUUACUAGCACUUGUUAUUCUUAGCAUAUAUCUUUUCCGCAGUACAACGCCACAGCAAGAAUCAUCUGGCCUAGGAAGGUCAACAACUGCAUUUAUUACUGUUGCUGCUUUUCUCCUAGGCGCUUUAUGUUCAGGUAUUGCUGGAUAUGUUGGGAUGUGGGUUUCAGUUCGUGCAAAUGUUAGAGUCUCAAGUGCUGCUAGGCGCUCAGCUAGGGAGGCUUUACAGAUAGCUGUUCGAGCUGGUGGCCUAUCAGCCAUGGUGGUUGUUGGCAUGGCUGUAAUUGGCGUGGCAAUCCUUUAUGCAACAUUCUACGUAUGGCUUGGAGUUGAUUCUCCUGGUUCCAUGAAGGUUGUCGACUUGCCUCUUCUUCUUGUUGGAUAUGGUUUCGGUGCCUCGUUUGUUGCCCUUUUUGCUCAGUUAGGUGGGGGAAUUUUCACUAAAGCAGCAGAUGUUGGAGCUGAUCUGGUCGGCAAAGUAGAACAGGGUAUACCUGAAGAUGAUCCUAGAAAUCCGGCUGUCAUUGCUGAUCUGGUUGGUGAUAAUGUGGGUGAUUGUGCUGCUCGAGGAGCUGAUCUUUUUGAGAGCAUAGCUGCAGAAAUCAUCAGUGCGAUGAUACUUGGAGGAACAAUGGCUCAGCAUUGCAAAAUCGAAGAUCCAUCAGGGUUUAUCCUAUUUCCUCUCGUUGUCCAUUCUUUCGACCUUGUGGUAUCUUCUAUUGGAAUACUCUCGAUUCGAGGAACACGUGAACUUGGGUCUAAGCUUCCGGUGGAAGAUCCUAUGGCGAUUCUCCAGAAAGGUUAUUCUGUCACAAUAGUUUUAGCCGUUAUAGCUUUUGGAGUGUCUACUAGGUGGCUUCUUUAUACUGAACAAGCACCUUCCGCAUGGUUAAACUUUGCGCUAUGUGGAUUGGUUGGCAUCAUAACAGCCUAUGCUUUCGUUUGGAUUACCAAGUAUUACACAGAUUACAAGCAUGAGCCUGUACGAACUUUAGCACUUUCAAGUGCUACAGGGCAUGGAACUAAUAUAAUCGCAGGUGUAAGUCUUGGUUUGGAAUCAACAGCUCUUCCUGUUCUUGUGAUUAGUUUAGCCAUCAUCUCAGCAUACUGGCUUGGGCAAACUUCUGGCUUGAUGGAUGAAACUGGGAGUCCUACUGGUGGCCUCUUUGGUACAGCUGUUGCUACCAUGGGAAUGCUUAGCACUGCAGCUUAUGUUCUCACUAUGGACAUGUUUGGACCAAUUGCUGACAAUGCUGGUGGAAUCGUUGAGAUGGCACAGCAGCCUGAAAGUGUUCGAGAAAUAACAGAUGUCCUAGAUGCUGUGGGCAACACCACCAAGGCUACUACAAAAGGUUUUGCUAUUGGAUCUGCUGCCCUUGCUUCUUUUCUUCUGUUCAGCGCAUAUAUGGAUGAAGUGGCUGCAUUUUCUCACCUCCCUUUUAAGCAGGUGGACAUUGCAAUCCCUGAGGUUUUUAUUGGUGGGUUGUUAGGCUCAAUGCUUAUAUUUGUAUUUAGUGCUUGGGCAUGCGCAGCUGUUGGAAGAACAGCUCAGGAAGUUGUUAACGAAGUCCGUAGACAGUUUAUUGAGAGACCAGGCAUUAUGGAAUAUAAAGAGAAACCAGAUUAUGGCCGUUGUGUUUCGAUUGUGGCAUCUGCAUCUUUAAAGGAAAUGAUAAAGCCCGGUGCUUUGGCAAUUUUAUCACCUAUUAUAAUUGGCUUCCUUUUCAAGAUGUUGGGUCAAUUCACUGGUCAGCCACUUCUUGGUGCCAAAGUUGUGGCAUCUCUGCUAAUGUUUGCGACGGUGUCCGGCAUACUUAUGGCUCUGUUCCUAAAUACUGCUGGAGGUGCCUGGGAUAAUGCUAAGAAGUUCAUAGAAACUGGUGCACUUGGUGGUAAAGGUAGUGAUUGUCACAAGGCAGCAGUUACUGGGGAUACUGUGGGAGAUCCAUUCAAAGACACUGCAGGUCCUUCUCUUCAUGUCCUUAUCAAAAUGCUUGCUACCAUUACUUUAGUCAUGGCUCCCAUCUUUCUGUGAGAGAUUUCCGACAUCUUCCCCAGUUCACUAUAUUAUUUCGGUACUCCCUCAUUACUGUAAAUGCUCAUUGGUCAUCGGUUGCGCAGCAACUUCAUCGAUGGACAGUCCUUUUUUCUUAUUAUUGUUAUCCUGAAAUACUUUUUUCCCCCCUUACCAUUAGAAUAAUUUUAGAACAUGAAUGCCUAAUUUGGUGUUCAGGUUAUUUUUGGGUGGCUGAGAACUUCAUGAAAUGUAGAGUUAGUAUCAUGCUAUAUGGUGCUUGAGAUUGUCACACAAAUUUUGAUCUGCUUGUUGAUCAAUUUAUAUCCACCCUAUAAACUAAUGGUUUGGAUAUUUUAAGCUGUAUUGAUUGUAUGUAAAACAGAAGUAUUUGAUAAAACCCAUUAGUUUACUCAACUUGCAAUGAAUGAAUCAUUUGCACA